UGCAGCUAGUUAUGGUUAUGUCUGGCCAUGUGCGCGCUUUGCCUUCCCAGAGCAACUGCAUCCCGCGCUUCCCUGAGCGCGCCUUUGCGCAGGGCGCGCCAAGAAAGCAGACGCGUCGGGUCCAGAGAGGUGCUCUCGUUUCGGCUCUCCGCGGCGAUUCUAGCCAAGGCUGCAAGCGGCCGCCGGCGAAGCGUCAGCCGUGUGCCCCGCCACUUCUUUGGGCGAGAAGCGUCGAAGGAAGAAGACGAGGAGCAGCCCGCAGUGCCUGCGCAUUGCGUGCGCUUGGUGAACAACACUGAAACGCAGCUGGACGUGUUGGCCUUUCCCAAAGAUGCCAUGGCCUUCUCCUUCGGCGGCCAAGUCACGAAGAUUCCGCCGCUGUCCCACCUGGACGUCACCGCGAAGAGUCGCACCUGUCGUCUUGCCAUCCGCCGCAGGGACUCCGCCCAGAUGGUGGUCCUGCCUCGUGGUGCCACGCUGACCUUGCAGCAGCGCCAGGAGGAGGACAGCGACAGCUACCACGAGGCGGUACUGGGAGACAUCGCGGCCACCUUUGACGCGGGCACCUCCUGGGAAAUUCUGCCAGGGCCGCUGUUCUGGCGCCUCUCGCGGAACGUGCAGGAUGUGGAGUUCCAGGUGGCAGCGUUGCUGCAUGCCGCCAAUGCGCGGCUCAGCUUCAAGGUGGUGCGGGAGCUGGGCAGCGACUGGCGGUCCAGGCCCACGGCGCGCAUCCGCGUGGUGGGCGCGGGGUUCCUGGGCUCCAACUUCCUCCACAAGGGUACCAUGUACAUCGCCAAGAUCACCGCACCGAGCGCCGUGGAGGAGAUCACCGCGGCGCACCGCCGCAUCUCGGGGACCUUUGGGCCGCCGGAGCAGGUGCUGCGCUUCGAGGGCUACGUGAAGACGGACACCGGCGCGCACAUCUUGCUCUUCGAAGACUUCGGCGAGAGCUUGGCCACCAUCAUGAGCUCCAACUCGGAAACCUUGACGGUGAGGGACAAGGACCAAUGUGCCCAGGAUCUCAUGGCGGCGCUCACGGCGCUGCACAGCAGCGGGGUGUACCACCUCGCGCUGAGCCCGGAGAGCGUGCGCCUGCGGAGGGACGGCAUGGGCACCAUGCGCUUGAAGCUGGCGGACCUCGGCACGGCGGAGCGCGCCUCUGAGCCUCUGCCCAGCUCCAAGCCCACGCUGCUGGGCUGGCAGAGCUACAUGGCUCCAGAGGUCAGAAGCCGGAAGGGCAUGCAGAAGCUGCUCGCGCGGAUGGCCAGCGAGCCCAAGAAGAAGGCGCCCAAGGUGCCGGACAGCAAGCUGCUGGGCUCGGUGAAGAACUUGGAGAUCCUGCCAUCCCUGCGAAAGCACCGGUCGAAGCCCCCCGGCGGUGUCAAGACAGGCAUGGACAGUCAGACACAGAUGAAGCUCCUUGCUGAGUUCCCGAUCUUUGCCGAGCUCAGCCCUGCCGACUUAGUGCAGCUGGCCAGAGAAUUCCAGGGGCCCUUCUACGUGCCGGCGGGCGCCACGCUCUUCCGCGCCAACGACAUGGGUGACUUUCUCUACUUCAUCCUCGCCGGGGAGGUGGUAGCACGCCGCGGCAAGAAAGAGCUGCGGCGCUACACGCGCGGAGGCUUCGUGGGUGAGACAGCCUUGCUCGGCAAGCGCCCCACUCGCCGCAUCUUCUCCGCGGCCGCGGCCCGCGGCGGCGGCGGCUGCGCCGUGCUCCGAAUGCACCACACCUCCUUCCGCAAGGACUUCCGUUCGCGGGGCCCGGUCACGGGCAUCGUGGGCCCCGCGCGCUGGCGGUUCUUGGAGCAGCCGGCGCUGGGACCGGACCCCGAGGCUGUGGACUCCUUCUCAGCCGGGGCCUUGUGGUGCCAGCUGGCAGCGGGCUCCAAGGUGAUCUCCCUCUCCAGGAUCAAGCGAGCAUCUACGGUGGAAGAUCUGCUGGCCGCCGUGGCCACGCGGGAGCUGGGAGGUUUCUACUUCCUGCUCCAGGAGUGGAGGCAAGUGGCCCUCAUUGAGCUCAUGGUGCGCCGAGCCUCCGCCUACGAGGCCUUGGUUUGCAUGGAGGAGCAGGACAAGAUCGUGACAGAACCUGCAGAGGAUGUAGAGCCGCCGCAGGGCUUCUUGGGCUCCGUGGGGCGCACCGUCACCGACAUCCAGAAGACCGCCUUGUCGGCCUUCGAGCUGACGCAGGACGCGAUGGCGGCCUCGGUGGCGGUGAAGAUGUCCAACAGUGCUCGGGCCACCGUGCUGAACCAGUGGAAGAAGCUCACCAACGUGGUCACGGAGAGAUACGGUCAAGCCGUCGGCGAAGUCUUCGGCACCAUCUAUGGCAACUUGUUCGCCAAGGACUUGCUGUGGAUGUUCCGGAACCCCACGCGCGCCCAGCGCUUUCCGGUCCUCCUGGUCAGGGAGGCGGAGAAUGGAUCCUUACUUGCACGAUGGCAGAUCGGUGCCUCGAUGGUCUUUGAGAGCGAACUCUGCGCGAGGACGUUGCCCCGGGUGCUGCCGUCGGUGAAGCCGGCGAUGCAGGCGGGGUUUCAGAUCGGCUCGGCGGUGGGGCGGAACCGCGCCAUCAACUUCAAGCGGCUUUGGGUGGACGCCUUCCUGGGUUCCUUCUUCAAACAGCUGUGGACGUUGCUCCGGUUGAAGGUUGCGCGGGUGAAGGGCAACCGGGUGAAGUGGGACAAGCUCGGCAACGUGCUGAAGGAGUCGGUGAUCCAGGGCCAAACGGCGCGGAACCUGGUGCUCACCAAGUUCGGGCGACUGCCCACCAAGUACGACCAGAACGACCCCCAGGUCUUACAACUGCUGCCGUCCAAGUGGGUGCCAGAGAUUGGGUUGCCCCUGGCGAGCGGCAUCGGCCGGGGCUUCAUGACCAAGUGGUGGAAGGGCUUCCGUGCAGGGCUGCGCCGGAAAUACGUCAGGCCCCGCUUCGAGACCUGGGACCUGGAGGACGUGCCGCCGGCGAUCCUCGACUUCGCGCGGCAGCAAGGCGCCGAGCAGGCCGCGCUGGUGGCCUCCUCGGUGGGGGACACCAUGGCACGGGACUGGGGCUAUUGGAGCGGCAGCUUCCUGGGGGUCGUCUCUGGGCUGAUGCUCUGCAUGAUCGGCCGGUCCACGGAUUUGAAGGACGACACGGGCAUGGUGGCGGACGGAUACCUGGAGAGCGAUCGGGAACUGCUGGCGCUGCAGGAGUACAUGCAGGAUUCCCGUGACAAGUAACGUGGCGCCGGAGAGGCUUUUCACUCAGAGAUGAUCCACGGAGCGCAGAUCCGAAAGGUUUCACCGCCCCAAAAUGAUCGAAUCGAAGGGUAGCUUCACUGGUCUUGGAUCCAGUGGUUGUUUUUCUUCAAUUUUAUCAUUUUUGGUCGGCUGUGAAAGCCAACGUGCUUUGGCAACCAUACCAAGG